AUGGGGACCAAUCUGGCUGAUUUUGAAGACCAUCCAUUUCCAUAUGGCACUUUAACCAUUGAAUCCCAUGUUUCCCCUCAAUUCAUUAUUUUCAAUGCUGGCCAAAAGCUUGUGAAGAUUGUGGACCCUGAUGCACUUGCUGCUGCAAAUGCCCACAUUCUAAACAUAUUCCACAAAAUUGACAGAACCAUCAUCCUCUAUGCACGUUGGACAAAUGUGGAACCUCCAAUUGAGUGGCUGAAUGCUCUGCCACCACCAGCACAUGCACCACCAUCUCAUUCAAGCCAGGCACCAACUGAGGCACAGUGCGAACUGAAGUGA